AUGAAAAUGAGUUCUAUUAGAAAAAAAUUUAUCAAGAACUUGCAUGCUGUAAAGAGGAGUUAUCAAUUGUCAACUGUUAGCAGUGGAAUGUCAUUUAUGCUGUCAUCGAUAUUGGUAGUGUUACUGUUCUCUGGUAUGCAAAUGUAUAAAGUUUGGCUCAGUUCAUCACAGUUGGGAACCAUUCUCGGAGGACUGAUCGGAUCUUUGUUGUUUAUGUGUACAUUGACUGCUAUAGGAAAUCUCGAAAGUACCUUAUUCGGAAAGUCUUUCCAACAGAAAUUACUUCCAGAAGUGGUCUUCGCAUUGACGUUAAGUCUAAUUGCUUCUGCUCUAAUCCAUCGUGUCUCCACCACAACUUGUUUAAUAUUCUCUCUGGUUGCACUGUAUUAUAUGAAUAGAAUUUCUCAAGAAACAUAUGGCGUGUCUAUACAAAAUACAGUUAUGCAAUCCAAGAAACGCAAGUGAAUAGGCAUAAGGAUAUUUGUGUAACAUAUCUUUACUAUCAUGUACACUAUAAUAUAUCAUACGUUCCAUGUAAAACUUCCAAUUUGUAAUACAAUGCCAAUUGUAAAUUGUAUAUUACUUUGUCUAAAAUAUCGAGUGGUUUGAGACUUGUAUUAAAAAC